AUGGCUCUCGGACAGCUCUUCGAACGAGACGAUGCCAAACCUAUUGACAGGACAGUGCAGAAAUGGAACACGGCGACUCAGUCACUAUGCAUCGCCGUAAUGACUCUGUUCUUCCUAAUGCGUGCAUACACCCGAGUCUUCCUUCUCAAUGGCUUUAACAAAGAAGACUGGACCUGUUUGGGUGCUUGGACCGUCUACGUAACCAUGGUCAUGUACGGACCAACCGCAUACCUGACCAAAGUCUCACUCCUCUGGAUCAUGACCCGAGUAUUCAGUCCAUUCCGCAAAGCCGUGACCUUCAUCUACAUCUUCCUCGGUGUCAUGCUGGCCUACUACAUCCCCGCCGUUAUCGUCAAGAUCCGAAUCUGCGACCCGAUCUCCAAAUUCUGGGCACCCGAUCACCCGGGCACUUGUCUCAAUCAGCGUUCCAUUAUCAUGGCCGACGCUGUCGUCAGCGUGGUCAGCGAUCUGAUCAUCCUCCUUGUCCCGUUACCGUUAACCCUGGGUCUACAACUCCCCACGAAGAAGAAGAUGCGAGUCAUGGGUAUUCUGGGUGCAGGGGGUCUCGCCGUUGCAUCGAGUAUCAUCCGACUUAUAUUAAUUGUUUACACGGGCCAGUCGAAGGAUGGCACCAUGGCGUUUAUGCGGAUUAACAUGUUCGGAAACGCUGAAAUCGCCAUCGGCGUCAUCUGCGCCUGUCUCCCUGCCCUUUCGGCGAUCCUCUCCCGCGUCUAUCACGAAUACUCCAACAGCAACAAAGCCACCGGCGGAACCUCUGGCCACGAGCUAAGCAAGAUGAAGAACCAGAGCCGCAGCAUGAAAACCGACAAAAGUCGAAGCCGCAUGAGCUAUCUGGAGAUGACCUCGGACCAGGACGUUCUGAUGCAUAAUGCUCAAAGCGAGCCGAAGGUUGAAACGACCGUUCACGGAGAUCGGAAUUAUUAUGGAGGCGAGACCCCUGGUGGAUCGCUCGCUAUCUUCAAAACGGUUGAUGUUGAGACUUCUGUAACGAGGAGGGAGUGA